AUGGAUCCUAUCACCGCGUUGUCUCUUGCCUGUAAUGUCAUACAGCUGGUCGAGUGCUCCAUUGAGACUGUCCAGGUCUGCAAAGAGCUGUACCACAAUGGUUCCAUAGACGAACACAACAGGAUAGAAAAGUACACUGCAGAUAUCACAGCCACGAAUAAAGAUCUGCAGGCAGCCUUGGGCACUGGGGCUCCAGCAAGCAGGCCGCUAAAAAUUGAACGUGCGGCCCAAGAUGCCUUAGCAACCGCCAAUGAACUCAGAAUCAUCCUCAACCGCCUCAAGCUGUCCAAGUCGCAAGGCAUUCGCAGACUCGGGGGCGCGUUCAAAAGCACUCUCAAGACUCUUAUAAGCAGUGGGAAGAUCAAGGCGCUGCAAGAGAAACUGGAAAAGCAAGAAGCAGCUCUUAGGUCUAGCCUUCUCAAAGAUUUAUACAUCAAAGCGGGUCGAAGCGAUUUGGCCCGGCAGAGAGACUUUCAAAGCCUCUCACAAGGUCAGAAAGACAUCAUCAUCCAAACCUUGGAGGCCUGCCGACUGCUGUCGACCGAAGUCUCCACGUCGAUCGGGUCAGCAGAGGCAAGAAUUACGGAUCGACUGAGUGUACAAGAUGCGAAACUCGAAAACAGCGCCAGACAGCAGAAUCUCCAACUAGAGAUUCUUCGUGAUGAAGAAUUCGCCCUACGCAGAAGACGCCUUCUCAAGGCUCUUGUGUUCCCUGAGAUCAAUGAACGCCGCAACAUGAUAGAGGGUCGAAUCGAUGACUUCGGAGAUACCUAUAAAUGGAUCUUCGAAGACAAGCCUAAUGCCAGUAACGAUGUCCUGGGGCCGCAAUCUGAUUUGGAUCCUCCACUCGAUCCAUCGAUGAAUCUCAACCCGUUCCCGCCUGACUCGCACUCCGAUGGGGGCGACGGUGAUCUGGAAGUGGGUGUCAACUCACAAGAAACUGGAUCUUCGGACCUUGAAGCUGCCCCUCCUGCACAGGCCAGCGAAGUCCGGAGUCUACAGUCCUCAGAGGAGAGACUCGCCGACUCCGAACCCACAUUUUAUGCAAAGCAGAGCGAGCCAUUGUCAGCUAUACGUCGUCCUGCACAUGCCUUUGCAAAUUGGUUAGAGAAUGGGACAGGUCUUUUCUGGAUUUCAGGGAAGCCGGGCUCGGGCAAGUCCACCCUCAUGGACUAUAUCUACCACAAAAUCCAGCCUGAGAAAAUUGGAUCUGCAAUGGUUAGGGCAUGGGCGGGCGGUUGUCCCGUCGUCGUUCUCACAUUUUGGUUCUUCCGGCCGGCAUCUACUCCGUUACUGAAAAGCCUUCAAGGUUUCUGGAGAUCGCUAUGCUUCCAAAUCCUUGAUUCAGACACGAAAUUGGCGAAAAUGAUUCGAGAAGACGAAGACGGCAAUGUACCCCCAGCUCUGAAGUCUUGUCUUCUACCAGGUGGCUCAAGUGCAGAGUCGUGGACUGAUAAUGAACUGCAGACGUGGUUCUGGUAUAUGGUCACACACUCGACUCUGCGCUAUUUCCUCCUGGUGGACGGGCUAGAUGAAAUCGAAGAUGGAAGAGAACUUCUCUUGAACACAGUGCUGAAGAUGUCUGCCAUGAGCCCCAAGCUCAAAGUAUGUUGUGCUGGUCGCCCUGAGAACCCGUUUCAGUCCACACUCAAACACCACCCGAACCUACGGCUUCAAGAUUUCAAUCACGCUGAUAUUGCGGAAGACUGCAAGAGGCGACUUGGAGGCCGGAAAGCAGAGAAAUUCGCUAACCAGAUUGCCUGGCGCGCGGAAGGAGUGUUUCUUUGGGCUCAUAUCAUUUCCGAAGACUUGGCCAGAGCUGCCAAAGAAGGGGAAAGCGAAGAAGAUCUAGACCUUCGUCUUAAGGACUGCCCUACUGAAAUGACCGAGAUGUUCAAAUACAUGCUAUUGAAGCAAGAUAAACUCUACGGGACACGACCAAAACCUUACCUGCAACUGGUGGAUUUCGCCUCACGCAUGAAGCAGACCACGACCAUGCUUGAACUUCUGAUCGCUACUUUGCCACCAGCGCGGUCCCCGAAGUGGUCACAGUUGUGUGGAAAAUUCGACAUUGAAUUCUUGUCAUACCUUGAGGAACAACUUGAUGGACUCGGUCCUCGUAUCGAGGCUACAUGUGCUGGCCUGGUCCAAUGUCAUCGGGAGCCCCGCUCAUACCGAUAUGAGAUUCUAAUGGAAUUCAAACCUAUCUUUCCGAGAUUAGAAGAAUCAGCGGAUAUAACGGUGGGAUUCAUUCACCGCAGUGUACACGACUUCCUCCGUGAAGACCAAGGUGGAGCGGCUUAUUAUCAAAGAUUCAGUCUCACCGAUGAUGAGGCUGCCAGCAUGCUUAUGGCGGGCGCUGUGAGCCCCCUUUUCUUCAGCAGUGAGAAGCUACUGUCUUCCUAUUAUCCCUAUACGCCACUUUAUUAUGCACGAUCUGUGAGCAAAGACAGCUGGGUUUCUGAAACAAUUGCGAUCCUGGAUGCCUUCUUCAGGCAAUGGGAAGUUCGGUGUUUGCCUACACAAGAAGAUGAAGCCAUAUCGGAAUUGUUUCUGCCCGUGACUUUGCCUGACCUGUCUCUUUUGGAGAACCUGGUCUUUGGGUUUGCCCCUAUGUAUUCACUCGAUACAUAUGUGCAGGCCAAGAUGAUAGAAGCAGAUCCAAGCAGACGACAUUCCUUGGCAGCCCAGGCGCUUUGCUCGUAUCUGGGGACAGGUGUGAUCCAAUCCCGAGGUGAAAUGGUUACAACUCUCUCUCCCUACUUGGACGCUUUCCAAGUGUAUCAAAUGAAUUACCGGGCCAUCACUUCUCCAUUCUCACUUCUCGAAAUCGAAAGCACUGGAUAUUUAUUCGAUCAUGUCGUUGCAGCCAGGGUAUCAGGAAUUAGCGGAUGGCUUGACCACGAGUUAGACUUCUUACGUCUGCCUUCGGAGUUUCUGAAUCCGCAUGCAGGUCUAGAGGUUGAUAGCUUCGUUGAAGUCUGGAUAUUGAUUUCUUAUGAUGGCGAAGUUGGCAAAGUUGUUCCAACACCAGAUGUUGAUUCGCCAUACAUGAAAAGGCUCUUCAAGGACACCGCCGUUGCCGUUUCCCACAUCCAGCCACAAAAUAUCUUGCGCACAGAUAUAUUGCCACUCAAAAUCGUCGAAUGGUCCCCUGCUGGCACGACGCGAUUUUUUCCCUUCGACGAAACUUUACAGGAAAGGUUUUGCGUGGCCCAUUCCAAGGAGUCAUGGGACGCGCUUCGACAAGACUUCAGUUUGGCUGCUGCAGAGGGUCUAAAUUCAUCAGUGGGUGACAUGAGCAAAAUGGAGCUUGAGGAGAUCGAGCUUUGCAACAAGCACUUUCUGUCUAUGGACGAGGAUAAUAAAUUUAAAAUCGAUGCACGAAGCCGUUUCAUACUAGGCGAAAAUUGGUGGCCUUGGGCCGGUGGGCAUCGACCGAAAUAUGGACCGAACCAUUGA